UUCUAGCUCUCUAGUAUUUAGUAUAUUAUUCUGUGGUUUGUUUUGUACAUACUGCAUACUAUUUCUAAUACUCAUUGCGUGUGAUUCAAACGUUCGCGAAUUCCUAUAAUUUUUUUUCAUAAUUUUAAAAUAUUUUUGAGAGGAAUUGGUUGUUUUUUUGAACGCGAAAACUAACAAUAGGUACUUACAUACAUCGAAGUCGAUUGAAAUUCGAGAAUACAUCAUUCAACGAGAACACUCAACAUCAUGGUCAUAAAAACUGGCAACAUUUCACCCUGCAAUGAAGCAGGUGAGAAAAAUUCUGCGGAGAUCCAUCGUGCUGAAAAAUCCGUUUCUUACGACCCACACGACUACGGUAACGAAAAUCAGCCGACUAUAUUUUGGGGUCCAGUAUGUCACUUCUUCAAGUCAAUCGUCGGUACUGGUAUUCUGGCGCUACCUUACGCAUUCCAAAGCGUCGGCUACGCGAUCGCAAUUCCUGGUACCCUGCUCGUCGGUUUUAUAUACACGCACAUACUUCACACUUUGAUGAACGUCGAAUACGAAUUGUGCAAGAUUCUAAAAACACCCCAACUGACGUUCGCCGGAGUUCUUCAACACGCUUUCGAGCUAGGCCCCAAACCUCUGAGGAAGUUCGCUCCAGCAGCCAAAUUCUUCUUGUACUUCAACUACGUCGUGAACGGAUCCAUGUACAAUGCUUGUUUUCUGGUAAUGAUAGCGGAAAACUUGAAAAAUAUAUCAUCCUACUAUUACAACGUUGAUUACAGCAUGACUACCAUUUUAUCCGUCGUCAUUAUACCUUUACUUGUCUUGGGACUGGUAAGAAGAUUGAAAUUCCUGGUACCUUUGUCAGCAGUCACGACAGCUUUUAAUUUCAUUAAUAUUUUCCUCAUCUUGUAUCUAUCUUGGAAUCCGCCCAAUGUUACCGAUCAGCCUAAAGCUUUCAACGAUGUGUACGAGUUCCCGCCAUUCUUCGGUAUAGUUCUAGGCGCUCUCAGCAGUACUGGUAUCGUUAUACCGCUGAAAAACGACAUGAAAACUCCGCGUAAAUUUGCCAGCCUUUUUGGCGUACUCAAUGUCACCCUGGUCGGUGUGACUAUUUUGUACAUGGUUUUUGGAUUCCUAGGGUAUUCGAAAUACGGUAGUCAAAUACAACCCAAUAUUUUGGCCAAUUUACCCGCCGAUAAUAAUCUGACGUUGUUGGUUCUAGUGUUGUAUACGUUAGCCAUAUGUGUUUCGUAUACAUUAUUCGUGUACGUAGCCUUCGACACGAUUCAUAGUAAUAUUCCUCUUUCUGAAAUCAAGCACAGGCGAAUAAUCAUCGAAUACGCGGUGAGACUCGGUCUGACCAUUUUACCCUAUUUCAUAGCCAUAGCUGUGCCUAAUUUCAAAAUCCUCGUUUCGAUAGGUGGCGUUAUUUCAAUUUUAAUCGACGUCGGAGUACUUCCGUUCGUUCAUAUGUUGUUACUUUCUGCUAGGAAAACAUCCCCCAAGCAGACUCUGCACACGGCUAUGAUUUUCUUCAAAGAUUUAUUGUUGAUUCUUAUUGCUUUGUUUCUAUUUGCCGGCGGAGUAGCAAACGUCGUUCAAAAACUUCGGCGAUUUUUCGACUAAAAUUACUGUCGUGAAUAUGUGGUUUGUUGACGAUCCACGUACACCAUGAAUCUCCAACAAUACUCAUUAGAAGGAAGGACGGAACCUGGUCCGCGAUAAAUGAACGUAUAGAUAAUGCACGAUGGAGUUUUUUCUAGCGUAAUUAUCGCAUUAGUCGCGCUAUGUGUACGUCACAUCUCAUGGAAGUUGAUGAAAACGAAAGAAUAUGCGUUUAUUGUAAUUCAAAUAGAUGUACUCCCUCUGGAGUGUCUUUCGAAAGAGCCAGAGAGCGAGGGAGAUAAGUUAUUAUCUAGUGUAAGACUGUACUAAAUACUCGUAUUUUAUAAAAAUAAAUCAACCUCACCGAGGACACCAUCUCCGGAAUGAGGAAUCAAUUUUUUUUUGA